CCUGCACCCUCAGUGACAGUUGGUGACUGUUGGUGAAGUGUGCUGACAACAAUGGCGCACAGCUGCAGUGCUGUGCGCUACCUUAUGAAGACUGAAAGUCUUCUGCCGCCUGUUUCUGGACCUCUGGACCUCUUCAACUUCGGCAUCUGCAAGGGGGGUCGGCGGCACGGCUCCGGGACCGGACUCCAUGGCUGGGCCUGUGUUCGAUCCCUCUGGAGCUAAUGGUGUCCAGUAGCCUAAGAAGCAAAUCCAUCCUGCACGCAGAUAGACCCCCAGCCUGGUAUAGGAUGAAGACACUGCUCUGCAUUGUGCUGCUCUCUGCGCUGUUACCCCCAGCUGAAAAUAGUCAUCAUGAUCAGGAGCGUGUGCUGCACAAGGAUCAAGGUCAUGAAAUGAUGGACUCCAGUGGUGGAAAGCCAGAUGAAAAGCAUGGCCUUAGAAAGCCGAGGUCGUUAGAACAGUUAUCUGGCCUAGCCAAUAUUUUUGGAUCAUCAUCAGGUGGACAGAAGAAUAUGCUUUCUGGCUUAGCCCAAACACUUGGCUUAUCAGGAUCUGGGGCUGGUAAGAAAGGCUUGUUAGGAGGACUAAAAGAUCAGUUAUCUGGACUAACACAGGGGGCUGCUGGCUUAUUAGGAUCCGGGGGUGGUAAGAAAGGCUUGUUAGGAGGACUAAAAGAUCAGUUAUCUGGACUAACACAGGGGGCUGCUGGUUUAUUAGGAUCCGGGGGUGGUAAGAAAGGCUUGUUAGGGGGACUGAAAAAUCAAUUAUCUGGACUAACACAGGGGGCUGGCUUAUCAGGAUCUGGGGGUGGUAAGAGAGGCUUGUUAGGGGGACUAAAAGAUCAGUUCUCCGGACAAACACAGAACUUUGGCUCAUCAUCGGGAGGACGACAAAAGAAGAGUGGACUGAGCCAUAGGUCUGGAUCUUUCAGCCAGGGCUUAAAGACAGAAGGGUCGCGAAGAACUGGAAGAUAUGGCUCUUCUCAGGAUGGGAUGCAAGGCGGAGGAUUUAACAGUUACGGCCGAGAUGACAUGGGCGACUCAUACUGACACAAGUGACCAGUAUCCUGGGAAUCAUCAUUACAAGGGGGAGUAGAGGAACCAAUGGAAAGGUCACCUCCAAGUGUGUGAAAGCCAAUCAGCAGUUUAUUCCGGAGCGGUUCUAGAAUGCGCUUACACCCCCCUUCCCAUUCAGACAGGCAAAAUCUGUAACUCACUAUACAAAAUAAGACUUCACAAUGAUCCAAUAAAGUUAUUCUAACUGGAAAA